AUGGAGAAUUCUCUUUGGACAUUGGUGCAGAAUCCAUUUAACACUGAUGUGGAGUUGUUACUGGAAUCACUGCAAGAGGAAGCCAUCGAUUUGAAAUGUGACUCCAGCGCGAAAAGGGACUUUGAAACAAUUAAGUUAGAAGAGUUUUGGGUGAAAUAUCUCCCCAUGUACCCAAAAAUAGGUGAAGAAGCACUUCGUGUGAUUCUUCCCUUUUCUUCUACUUAUCUUUGUGAAGCAGGAUUUUCAGCUCUUGUUGUUCUGAAAACAAAACAGCGCAACCGACUUGAUGUAGAAAAUGACUUGCGUUGUGCGCUGUCAUCCUUCAAUCCUAGAAUUUCUGAUCUUGUGAGGAAGAAGCAGCAGCAUCCAUCUCACUAA